AGCUGCCUGCCUUGCGCCCGCCCAUGUAGAUCCAUGAGAAAUUCGUGAGACUGACACUCCUCACAUCGCACCCCCGAGCGGUGUGCGGGCCUCAGGCCUCCAACCAACCACGUACCCUCGAACCAUCGCACUGGCACACUACGAACCACUACGAACCGAACUUGAAACACCAACCACCCCGGCUGCCCGCAUCCUGGCCGUCCUGGCCGACGACCGACUUCGGGGGGGACAGCAUCUUGACCGACUUGACUGCUUACUUUAUGGCUUUCUCUAUCUUAAAACAACAGCUGAUCUGCAGAUACUUUCUCUUUUAUCUCUUCUCAACCCUCUGCUGAACGCGACGCACCAGUUGUUGGGCGGCAGAGUCUGUGAAAACUGGAGUCCUGAUUUUAAAGCGAAUGAAGCAGACCUUUUACUUUCUCUCUAGCCACUUCAGAACAGAACGGCUUUUUCUUGCUGAACACCUUGAUGAAGUAGAUUCUCGCAGGCACUGUUGUUCCUGGCCAGGAUGCUGUCCUCAUCUCGCAUCUUGAGACCUUCUUCUUCUUAGCUAACUCCUUGCAAACUUCUAUAUUUGUACGCGAGACCGUAGAAACGCCUUUGGGUCGAACGUCUUGUAAUGCCUGUCUUGUCUUGAAAUCCUUGAUGUAAUCUUGAGGCUGCGUGCCACCGAGUUAUCUUCAUCUUCAAAACAGCUCUUGCCCAAUAUUUUAUUUCCUGAACCUUAUGAAUAGAUACACAUUAUAGAUGCCCUGUAGUUUCUUAUGUUCUUCUUUGACAAACUUUCUGAGUUGGUGAAGAUGGGAACGUGACGCAUGACGAUUAAUCCAGCGUCCUGGGACCGAUUUAUCUGUCGCGAACUUUUUACCCUUUAUUGACGCAAGCCUUCCAACACGAUUAAAGCUUAUUAUUUUCUUGGCUAUUCUGCGAAGCAGUCGCGCUAUUAUACCAUGAAAUGGGAAAAAUGAUCGGAAUGCGUAUUAAUCAGUUUUUGCGUUUACCAAUCACUGCAGCAGCUCCUUUGUGAAGCAGAUUCAUUGAGUCAUAUCUUAUCACAUAGGACGAGAUAUUUUUCGGACCAUUUCAAUCAAAUUUGGACACCAUAUUCAAAUGUCGGUCAAAAUCUCGAGCAGAGGUACAUCCUUUGUCUUAAGCUAUACGUUCUUCCUUUAGGUUUAACCACUGCAAAAUAGGCCGAAAAUAGGCUGUCAAGGGCAGUUCCUUUCACUUAAAAACGAGUGCAACACCGGCCCAAGAUUACAUCAAUGCCACAAUUCCUUUUAAAACUUUACCAUAAGUCUUUAGGCAAACAGUGGAUUAAGGGCCUAUUAUACGUGCUAAGCCCUUGCCUGUAGAUAUCAUCCGUCCGUAUCACUGUCGUUGGAAAACGCAAUAUUACGAAACAUCUGACAACCACAUCCUCACAACGCCUCUACUAAUUAUCGCUAUUUUUAUACAUGUAAAAUAUAAAUCUCACUGAAGUCGACUUCCUUCAAAUUAGCGUAGUAAAAUUCUAGAUGCUGCUAUGAACCUGACAACAGCUACACGACUAUUCUCACAGCUCAGUGGGGAUAUAGCUCGAGCGUAGCGAAAGCUGCCAAAGAUAUCUCUAUGUUAUGAAUAUACGUUAUAGUGAGUUGAUCGAUCAUAUUCACAGACCCCUCGAUCAAACGUCGAGAAGAAACCAAUACUAGCGCUGAAGCUUUUGAGAAAGAUACGGUAAGGUAUAUAGACACAACAUUUAUUUUAUUUCCAGUAGUUUAAGGUGAACAAAUAUUUAUAUAUCUAAUAUUAGUUGAGUGUAUAAUUGGCCUACCGGAUGAGGUACUCUGAACAUAAUGACAUACUUAGUCGAAGUUACGCUCGGUAAGUAGUGCAACCAAGCAUCAAUUCCAAUCACAAUAAAAUCCUCUUCGUUGUAUGCUAAUUGUCAGUGAAGUCUAAAUUUCAUAGUAUUUAAAAGAAUAUUUUCAUACUGGCCAUUUGCUGCGUGCCAGACUUCCUCUGUUCCGACCCAAUCAUUGUCUUACUUUUCCUUCUCCUUUCUGCAAAACACCAUUUCCUAAAUGUAGUUCACGCCAGCCUUUGUGAACCUCUUUAGCGCGACCCCGCACCCACUUCCAGCAACACCACGACAAAGCAACGCAAUUUUUCUGGCGAUAUCAUAGCGCUUUCGUACAACUACCUUAACCUCCACGUAUCUGCCGGCCGUGAUAGUUUUCUCUCGAUAUUAUCUUUUCAAGAAUAUUCAAUUGACGCCGUUUUACAGCUGUUGCUUAAUAUGAUGAUUAUUAUUAUUAUUACUAUUGUUAGUGUUUCUAGCGUUUAGUUGUGGCUAUCCCAUGUUGUUUUCAAUUUUUUUCUCACUUGAGAAUGGGUUUCUUCCCAUUCUCGUUCAUGAAAUUCUGAAUCAUGAAUCCUAACAGCAACGUAUAUUUACUUGUUGCUCGUUGCUUAAUCAUUUGCAAAACACAAUUUGAUGACGGCACGCCACUUCGUCUGUAAUUCGUGAACAACUUGUGUUUCUUUAACCUUUUUUUUAAGUCGCAACGUUCGCCCGCCUGACGAUGAUCACUGCAGUUUCAAAACAAUCAAAAUUUCUUUCUGCCGUCUUGCCCCUCGGACACAUUACAUCGCUACGCCGACGUGAACAUGGUCUCGGAGCCUAAGCCCCAUCAGGUGAUCACCCGCAAACGGCUCAACCUCGCACCCGACCCUUUUUCAGCCGUCACGCAAACGCCCCUCCUUACAGCAGCCCUUCCCGGGCUUCUCCCGGCAGUGGGUGGCACCCCGACAUCGGCGGCCGUCGCUGCAGUCACUCACGCAGCUCUGCGGCAAACACUUGCUUCGGCAUCAGCAGCGGCGGCAGCGGCAUCAUCGUCACCUGUCAAACGGCAACGGACAGAUAGUGCCGGAGCUGGACAGUUCGGUGUCGCCAGUGGAAUUCAGGUCGGAGGUACAGGGCCUGGCAGCGGCGGAGGUAAUCGCAAGAAACAAGGUGGCGGGGGCGGAGGAGGAGCCGGCGGCGGCGGGGCUGCUGGCGGUUGUGGGGCCAACGUUCUCAACGGAAUUAAAAAUGUACCAGCUAAAACGACCAGCUCGUUACACAUACAACCAAUUGCAGAUUCCGACAUCUUGAUUUGCGGCACGUGUCGUGAGGUAUUUCCAUCGUUGCAGAAACUCGUCGAGCAUAAAAGGCAACGGUGCAGACUGCGUUUCACCUGCAGGUGCCAGCCCAGUCAAAUAACAGGUGACAGCCCAGACUGUCCGGCCCCUGUGUGUGCUCAAUGCCUUUACCGAUGCGCCUCGUGGUGGCAGUUGGUCUGCCACAUGGAAUCCACACAUGGCCUCAUUCUUUACCAGCAUACGAGCGCUACAGCUCAGCAACAACUUCAACAGCAGCAGCAGCAGCAGCAGCAAAUAGUUCAGCAGCAUUCACAACAGUUACUUAACAACAACAAUAACAACAUUACUAGUAAUAACAACAACGAUCUCUACAAUGCUAAUGAGAGCGAAGACGGUGAUGCUUUGUCUGGAGCAUGUCGGGGUUCCCAUCAUGAGGAUCAACUCAGCGAAGAGGGAUCCGAUCUUGGAGGCGUACUGUUACAUCAACAGCAACAGUCCCAGCAGUCAUCGUGCACGAGCUCAAACAUCUGCAGCGGUGGUAUACAAACCUCGAAUCCUAGCAUAACUGUGUCUGGCAAAUGCAGCUCUAACAACCUCGUCAAUAGCAGCCAUAUCUUAAAUAACGUAGCCAAAAAUUCUCAUCAUCAGUUGUUGCUCACCACCAACAACAACAACAACAACAACAACAACAACAACAACAACAACAACAACAACAACAACAACAAUAACAACGAUAAUAUGAGCGACAGUCACGCAGUGGAUACCGUACUUGAAAAGCAGACAUCCGCAAGCGACACAGGAUCCUGUGAGCAAGUCAUGGACUCAUUGCCCCAUCUCGAGCUCGCUGAACUGAAGGAUGCAACUGAACUUGGCGAAUCGUGAGUCCUCGUCGCUCUGAAAACAUUGCGUAGGACCAAAAGAAGAAUCGCUAACUUGAGCUUGAAAACAAGCGUCAGCUCAGCAAAUCCACGAAGCGAUCAGUUGUAAUCUGUCAACGUUGUCAAGAACGAACAACAGCGAAUGUCGAUUGCCAACCGAAAUUUCCGCGUAACAAAGUGACGUUUUAUGGGCACAGGAACCUUAAACAGUUUGCUUCGUUCGUAAGUGGUAGAUACAAUGGAAAAAUGAUCGGGCGGAUAAGAAGUCGGCACCGUCAGAUAGUAGAAGAAAAAAUAUGUACCAACAAGAUGCCUUACAUUUUUGUUGGUUGCACGAAACAUAAAAUAAUUUUUUUUUGUUUAUCAGAAAAACAAAUAUACGCCUCAAAAAUAGUACAUUUAAUAUAUGGAUACAUAUAUUUAAAAGUGGUUUGUGUAUUGCCUGAAAUUGCAGCAUGUUGCCUAGUACUAGGCGAGGUCUCAAGCAAAUAGUAAAUAGCUUUGUUAAAAUAUUAUAAUAAAUACAUAUAAUAUUCAUUAUUGACAUUAUAUGAUAAUUGACAUUAUUAUUAGGGAACAAAGAGGUAGUCUUGUCAACAGAGGUGGAAUUAUGUUACUUGUCCACAUCUGUUCCUCUUUAUCGUUGUACAUAUUAAAAUGUAAUGAAAGGGAAAGCUGCCAGUGAUGUGGUAGUUGACGGUUGCCGAAGGCCCCAUUUUAUCAUUGCUAAACACAACCGUAGAAGCGGCCUGACCACAGUGCAAUUGCCUGAAUCAACACGCGGCGACGUAUUAUAACAGUGGUUGCCCAGUCGGUACCUCACUUACUACUACAUGUUAUUAUUUGAACUUAAAAUUAAGAAAGGGAGCUUUUUUUUUAUUACGAAGAGAAUAAAAACUAAAACAACUAAUAUCAAACAGGAUAUGAUACGAAAGGCGAUACUACGAGACUGUCGGGGAUUGGCUAGGCCUACUGUCUUUUCCCCGCUUAUCCGUACGCUACCUUAAAAUGGUAAACCUUGACAAAAUGCCACUAACGUAAGAAAUAAUGCAUGCAAAAGGCGGUAUUUGUUCGAAAAAGCAUCUAAGAAAUAUCACUAAACUAAGAUGGAUUCUUUACGCAAUGCGACAUGUUGACCAAUGCUGUAGUUAGACAGAAAGCGAAUAAAAGGACAGUCGCGAAGAAAAUAACUAUUCAUGCUAUCUAAAUAAAAAAAAUAAUAAGGAUAUUCUAGUCUAGGUAAACGUCAUAAAAAUAUAUUAUUAUAUGUACGUAAUAAGGAAAUGAUUCAUACAAAUGAUCCAGUCGUAUAGUCGCAAUAAAAUAAAGUGGUUUCAAUAUAGAUAGCAAUUAUAUCUGAGAUUGCAUGGCACUCAAGCAGCUAUCAAUCGAAUGUACUUGUCAGCAAGGUCAUGCACUGACCAUUUGGGCACCCGGUAUAUGUUUAUUGGCCGUGCGCAAAUUUUCGUCUAGCCUAAAUCACUAUAUAAUCCGUUAUUCUCAGUUGACUGUAGUGAAAACUUAUCAUACGCUCAACUGCUCCCACAUGAUGAUAUAUAAAAAUGUCGCUAGCUUACAGAUUUCUAGAUUUUAUUUGGCAUUUCUACACAAAGUCUUUGGCAAUUGACUUGGAUUCGCACGGACUGACUAUAUGCAAUAGCGAGCAAUAUUUCGCCAACGGUCGAAACAAACAGCUAACUUAAACAAAAAAACAUGAUCAUGUCUUCCAUGUGCAGCAUAUCAGCUUUCGACAGCCAUAACACACACAAACACACACAUAAAUAAUGAUGAUAAUUACCAUACAAAUAAACAGAUGAAUAUCUAAUAACUACAAAAUAUAAUCGUAAAGCAACCGCAAUAAAAAUGCACUAGAAUGUAUCUCCUAAAAAAAAAUAAUAAACGUAUGUUUUUAUUUUAAACCUUUGUGAGCCGAUCACUUUUCGGUAGAGACAACAAUACCUGCUCACAUCGUGAACGCCAUCUCUAAAAACGCUCUCUUAUAUUUAUAACGUGACAGCUAAUAUAGAUAGUUUAUUUAAGUUCUAUUUAUAGUCUGUCAUCAACACGAAAGUUGCUAGAGAGUUCUGUAGAGCGAGUAUUUUAAUUCUCAUGUGUUUAUUAGCAGACCAGUUCUCGUCGAUAUAUUUUUUAAGCAGCUAACGAGAAGAGCGGUAUUUAUAGAAAAGUUCAACUACUUGAGGAACCCAACCGUAUGAGUUCAACUGUACUGUCGCAGUAUCUAAAUAGCCAAUCUUAACAUUGGCAACCUUCAAUCCUAAAAAGAAUGUAACUCUUCCUACCUCGUUAUCAAAACAUAUAGCACGGUUUGGUUUUAUUGAGUGCACUGUAGCAGUCAUUUAUUAGUACAUUUUAUGUAGACACACUUGUGGGGAGCCUAAGGAUGACGGCCUAACAAUACGAGCUUUAAUUAUCCAUAAUAAUUGCUUCUAGUUAGAAGCACCAGCUAAGAUGCUUUGCGGAAAAUUGGGGCAUAUUGACAAAUACCUGACCAGCAUCAUUCUAGUUAUAGGAGGGGGAAGUCGGCAAAUGCGAACGUCUUGUAGAUCUAUUUGGAUCAUAUUUUGCGGUCUCUGCUCACUUGCGGCUGCUCUGCUUGCCCCUACGAUGUCCAUACAUAUUCAAUGUGAGCCGUCAAAUAAAUGACCCAUGAGGUGCCGACUGACACAAAGCAAAACAGAGAGAACGCUAUGAUCGACAACAACCGCGCUUAGCUAUCAUUGGAUGCAGCGUAAGCUAAAGAUGAGAGUCAGCAAUGGUCGAGCUUCUUCUUGGUCGUGACAGAUGCGAACCUUGCUGGGAGGGUUCUUGGAAUAGUGGUCAAGCGUAGAUUAAAGCGAGUAUCUUGUUUCCUGCCUCGUCGUACCAAGAGGCAGACGGGCUGCGCAAUGACGAAGAGUUGCGUGCGAGUAAGGUGCGCUGCCGCGAGUACACAUGGUUCGAAAAUAGCACCUAGAUCAUCCGACGGGGUGGUGUGGUCAGUUCCGUUGACUGUGAUACAGACAGUACGACGUGCAUGAUUGCGAGCACACACGCUUAUGAAAAAGCUAGAGCGUUGAUGCUUGUCGCCGUUCUACAGCUAGCCGCUGUGUGCAUGCCUAUGUAUCCAUAUGUGCGCGGCUGCAGUAGCUGCCGGGCCAACCCGACCGCUGCACUUGGCCACGGCUAUUCGUCGAAUGCCAUCAGCACUGCCGUUACACCAUUAGUAGACCAACCCAUUGCGCUCUUCUGCCGUGUUUGCUGCUGCUGUUGUUAUCAUUGUUGCUGUCCUAGACCCACAGACGAUCUUAGUAGGCGCGACUACAGCUGCGGCAAUGGCGGUGGCUACCUUUGUUCAGUGUGCAUCGUCCAACGACCUCCCAGAUGGCUGAACAAAGAGGGUAGGCAGUAGAGGAGGAAAAGGAAAACGACGGCGAACAAGAAAGACAGCAACAGCAGAAGUAGGAGAUGCUGUGGCAGGCCUCGUUGCUUCAGCAUGAGAGCUCUUAUGAGAGAUAAUCGAGCAGUAUGGUCAGUGGCAUCAGCAUUAAGUGCUAAUCAUAUAUUAAGCACCAAAACAGAAAACCAGAGCCAAGGAACUAGAGCCUUGUCAGCGGGCUUACGCCCUUCAGGCCCGCUGAACUUCGGAUUAAGGCGCGUUGUCUGGAAAUGCAUGUUCCAGCUAGUAGCUGAGUUGGGAGUGUUUGGUCUCUAAGAUGAAACGUUUGUUUUCGAGAAGAACUACUGAAAGGUAACAUUGCCUUCCGGAUGUACUAAAAGAUUUCGCAGAUAGUAUGGAACGUAUACAGUCAUAAGGCAUUUAUAAAAAAGAAGGCUAAGCAGAUUUGCAUAAAAUAUACAUAGAAGGUUAGAAAACAAAAAACGUAUACACCUCAUUGUAUUUAGAAACAAAAGUUUGUGUGCGUCCUUAACGAUAUCAGCAAGCAGUCAUCUUACGAAUAGUGUAAACAUAUAAAGAAGUUCCGCCAACGACUCAUAAGCACUAUUUAACUUCUGUGUGUAAUAUUGUGAAAACGAUAAAAUGACGUUACUGUUUAAAAAUAAUAAUAUGACUGCAUAAGUUUGCAGGUUGUCAUACUGAGCGACAUGUGUAGACAGACACCCACGAAGUUACUUUAACUAUUAGAUAAUAGACUAAGAUACGCGUGUGUGAAAAACGCAAAGCGACUCCCACAAUCCGCA